AAAGAUGCCAGGAUAACUCACUCUUUUAACGUUUCUAAUGGUAGUUGCAUCGGAGAUCAUGGAGCAACCACACUGGAGUGACUUUGUGCGAUUGUUCUUGAUAUUUGUGGUGUCGGCUCCGAUCUCGUUCCUAAGACAAGUCAAAGAGAAUUUGCGCCUUCAUUCAACGUUUCAAAAGCAAGAGAAUGCGCUUAAAUCUCACGAGGAUCGUGUCAAAAACGUGCAAAAACAGGUCCGUGCUUGGUCCGAAUCGGGUGCGAAAGUUCCCAUGUGUUCAUCCCGUCCAAGUGCUAAAUCCAUCUCACAGAUGCAAACCAUGGCUUAUAAGGAUACCAUGUAUCGGAUUGACAUCGACCUCCCGAAUAUAUUGUCCAUUGAUGAAGACAAGGGGCUAGUCCGGAUUGAGCCCAUGGUCACCGUGGGACAGUUGAAUGACUUCCUUAUCCAAAGGGGGUGGACCAUGCCCGUGGUAGCUGAGUUGGAUGACUUGACCAUGGGCGGUUUGGUCAUGGGAGGAGGCAUAGAGGUCACCUCGCAUAAGCAUGGAUUCUUUCAGUGCGUGUGUAAGUCCUACGAAAUGGUGAUGAGCGAUGGUUCAGUCUUGGUUUGCUCCGACACUGUAAAUAGGGAUCUAUUUGCCACCAUUCCAUGGUCUUACGGCACUGUGGGCAUCCUGGUGUCCAUGGAGAUUCAAAUUACGCCCUAUAAGCCGUUCUUGGAACUGAAAUAUGUUCCCGUCAAGCGAAAGCAUCAAGCCAUCCAGUUAUUAAGAGGCGAGACGGUCCGGGGGUUUUACGAUACUCUGGAAGGGUUCAUGUUUUCGGCGGAAGAGGGCGUUGUCAUGAUGGGACGCUAUGUGGAUCAGCCCGGAGAUAUUCCCCUAAAUCGAAUUGGUCGCUGGUUCAAACCCUGGUUUUAUGAACAUGUCCGGAGUUUCCUAAAAUCUGGGGAAGGUGUGGAGGUUGUUCCCACACUAGACUUCUUUCAUCGUCACAAUAAACCCAUUUUUUGGCUCCUUCGAUAUAUCCUCCCUUGGGCUCAUCAACCCGCAUUUCGGUAUCUCUUCGGGUGGAUAUUUCCACUACCUUUGUCAUUGAUCAAUAACCUUCGAAACAAACUAGCCAAUCCGGAGUGGUUCCGAAAUUUUGUGCUGCAAGAUUACAUCGUUCCAGUGGAACACGUGGCCAAAGUCCUGGAGUUAAACGAAACAGAGUUUCACAUCUAUCCCGUUUGGCUGUGUCCCACUCGUCAUUUGGACUGUUCUGAAUAUCGCACACACUCCCCUCAAGACAUUUUAAUAGACGUUGGAAUCUACGGUUUCGAAGAACGGCGCGGGGAUCGAAAGCUCGGCCAGCGUCGAUUAGAAGACUUCACCGUGGAUAAUCAAGGGUUUGUGUUCCUCUACGCUGAGACGGAUCUAAGUAGGGAACAAUUUGACAAGAUGUACAAAACCUACUCUUAUAAGUAUGAGGAGGUUCGGAGGAAGUAUGAGUGUGAACGAGCUUUCCCACACGUUUUCAACAAAAUCAGCAAAGUGGGUAGACAGAGCUUUUGUAAAUGAGAUCAAAUUACUGUUAUUGAGUUGACCAUACGGAAAAAAAUAAAUUGACCAUUAGCGAACAAAGAC